GCUAGCGGCGGAGGCAGCCAAAUAUUUGUCAAACUAACAAUCGGCGUCUAGUUAGCUUAGUGUUGAAACUAAUCACUUAUUUAGUAUAGAAAUACACUUUCCUCUAGUAUAGCUCGAUUGAGCGUUUCCCAGAAACGUACAUUUAAGUGUGAGUAGGAUGUCAACUCCAGCGAGACGACGUUUAAUGAGAGAUUUUAAACGGCUGCAAGAAGAUCCUCCAGCUGGAGUCAGUGGGGCCCCCUCAGAAAACAAUAUUAUGGUAUGGAAUGCAGUCAUUUUUGGACCAGAAGGAACACCUUUUGAAGAUGGAACAUUUAAACUUACUAUUGAGUUCACCGAGGAAUAUCCAAAUAAACCUCCAACAGUGAGAUUUGUCUCUAAAAUGUUUCAUCCCAAUGUAUAUGCCGAUGGCAGCAUAUGCUUAGAUAUUCUUCAGAAUCGUUGGAGUCCAACUUAUGAUGUCUCUUCUAUAUUAACUUCAAUACAGUCUUUACUGGAUGAACCCAACCCAAACAGUCCAGCCAACAGUCAGGCGGCCCAGUUGUACCAGGAGAACAAACGCGAGUACGAGAAGAGGGUUUCUGCUAUCGUUGAACAGAGUUGGCGCGACUGUUGACCCGCACCGCCAUCGUUAUAAUUGUGGUCUCCGCCACGAACAGUCUCCCCGGCUCGUAGUCAACAACUCAUCUCACAGUACACAUUUUUUCCCCCUGCGAAAAAGAAAAAAAAAAAAAAAAACUCUUGCCAAGUUUGUAUGCUGUCGUGUAUGUGGCGUUCACUUCUGCCGAAUGCCAUCGUUGGGCUAAAAGUGUUUUAAAAAAAGAAAGUUAAUGUCUCUUGUUAUAUCUGGGUUACUUGUCUCUUUUCUCUUCAAAGUGGCUGCUAACUCUACGUGCUUGCUGUUAACAGACAUAUACUGUUCCUAAUUCCACAAGGUAUUUACGGAUAUAUUUUUGUUUCAGCGUGCUUGUUUUGCCUUUUGGAAGCCUAUAAUUAGGGUUUGGUAUAUGUUUCAUGAAUCAUGAUUGACGUGUUAGAUUAAACCUGACAUGGACGUUCAGUCAUUCCGCUUACAAACUGCCUUCUGGAUUUCAAAUGUUCUUUGAAUGCAACACAUGAAAUGAAUGGCUUCUUGGUUUCAUUAACAAAAUGCUGACAUUUGAAAAAAGAUAUUUCGAAGCUUCUUCACAAUCAUGCAAAAUCAGUAGUCAGAUUGAAGUGCUCAUACAAGUUGAUUUGUCUUAACAGAAUUUGCACUGGUAACCCAUGUAACAAACUGUACAUUCUCUUGUAAAUAAAUGGAUAUACAUUA